CAAAUUCUCAGAUUCUCAUUCAUAUUGGCUGACUUAUCAAGAUUGUAACAUUUUGUUGCAAAAUGACGAAAUCAAAGGACAAAAAACUAGAGAAAAUUAGCGUAGCCAGUGAAAUUGAUCGUAUGGAGGAGAAGCGGUCACGUUGUCAGGCCAGUAUCGAGAGGGCCGAGUACAGACGGAGAUGCGAGAAGCACUCUGAUAGAGAAAGAAAAGAACUCGAAGAUAGAUUGGCAGUAAUGCAAGAGAGGGUGAAGAAGUUUGAUAACGAGCUCGUGGCCUUAAGAGGCGAGAACCGAAGAAACAUGAUGCUGUCUGUUGCUCUGCUGGUUGUCAGCGCCCUCUUCUAUUAUGCCUUCUUCUUUAAUGAAGAAGACCUCUCAUGAUCUUGUCCAAAAGCCGAGAGGGUUUAUCGAGUGUUCUUCCAUCAUAAUGGCACUCCAGAGGAAACAACAAGGUGACAUGGGUCCAGCGCUCAAAGCCAUUUAGCGAUGUUUACACAAAUUAAAAAACAGUAACCGUCUAAUGGAAAUGGAUUGUUUUAGAUCCACACAACAUGCUCAGGCUCCCGAUGACGUCGGUGUUUCCAUGUUCCCCCUGGCCUGUUUGGGUGGAUCUCUUUUAUACAACAAAAGAUCAAAAGAUUGCUCAGGCAGCUGUAUUGACUGCAGAGCUGCUUGACCGUUAGAGGAUGGCCUUGUGCUGGCUUCGUCUGGCUCUGUCAAGCUGGAUAAUUGGAGGGAGAUAGAUAGUUAACCUUGCAGUUUGAUAAAGAUCCACUCCCUCGAUUGUGUUUUCUGAUACAGAGCACUACUGUACUUUCAAAGACCACUUGCUGAAGUGAAUGGACUCAACGACUCAACUCUUUUGCCAAAUUAAUUCAUACAUGGAGAACAGUGUGAAAUGUUGAAAGUGCUAAAGGCAUAAUAUAGACAAGGUCGCAGUAUCAAAAGAAACAAGGACUGUGUAAUACAUAACGCAAAUAUGCCAAAGUCUGCUUUUAGCUAAAUAGAUCACGAUUAUGUGCAGAACUGCUGACAGUCAGAGCAACCACCCUCUCCGGUCGCUACAAUACAUUGGGAUCCUUUCCAUGAACCACUUUUUUUUAUUUUAUUCAUGCUUUGUGUGUUUUUGUUGUCACCGAACAUAAGAAAUCAUGUAUUUUGAUGUUUUCUCAACCUGUUCACUGCUUCUGAUAUAUUCCCUCCUAUCAGGGAUGGGGCAGUAUAAGCAUGGGCACAGUUCUUUUAAAGAACACACAAAAACAGAUUGUAAAAAAAAAAACACACACACAUAGGGCCUUAUAUUUUAUAUUAUCAGUAAAUUAUUUAGUAUGGUAUGAUUGUUUUUUUUUCACAACUGGAGGUAACGAAACUUUAUAAAUGUAUUCUUUCAACAUACCAAUAAAAAAAAGACUAAAAG